GAUAAGCCAACAAGUUGCUGCAGCAAAAGAAUAAUUUCAAAACAAAAGGUGCAUAUUUUUUAUUAUUAAAAAUAGCGAAAUAUUAAAAAUUAAAGUGUUUGCAUGGUUAAGCAAAUCUGUAGUUGACCGCAAGGUUUCGAGAUCAUGGAGUGCACGGCCUAUGUAAAGAUUUAUGUGAGGUACUGAAAACAGCAGUUUUGGCGCCAAAACGGGUUAAGAAAAUUUUGGUGUAAACAUUAAAUUUGGCCAUGGAUUACGAUCUGUUUCAAUCGGAUGACGAUGAGGAGAUACUUACCGCCUACCUAGAAGCCUCACAGCAGCCACAGCAAGCUGCCACUAUAGAGCAAAGAUUGGAUUAUGAUAAUGGCUAUGAAGAUAUUGAUGAUGAUGAAGAUGGAGCUGCGCUCGAUGUGCUGCCCGAAUUUAAUUGCACUGGACGCGAUACGGUGAAGAGUCAGCUGGACUUUCCCAGCAACAGUUUUAUGCGCAAUGGCUACACAUUGAAUGCGUUGCCGCCGCGCAGUCGCAUUGAUAAUCUACGCUUCGAUUUUGAGCCCAAGCAACUGAAGAUUUGCCUUGUCUUGCGUUACUUGCACGGCGAAGCGUGCAAGAAUGUGCAGAAACUGUGUGCCGCCGUCGCAGGACAGCAACAGCUGCAAACAAAGUCGACGGCAAAUUGGUUUGCAAUGCGUCAACAGGUGACGCACUUCUAUCACCUGCUGCUGCACGAGCAGCAGACACCUGAGGGCCAAGCUGAGCUGUGCGCACUGCUGCAACUACGCCAGCUGCUCAACAGCUGCCUGGAUGCGGCGGCAUGGCGGAUUCUCUACUUUGCGGAGCACAGCAAGGGCAACGAUUGCACAACGCCCGCUUAUCAUUUGUACCACGGCGCACUCGAGUGGCGACUGCUCGAUCUGUGUGUGCAGCGCAAGCUGCAGGAUCAGCCCGAGGCACAGCCCAGCUACGAGGCGCAACUGUCGCGACUGCUCGACGAUCUGGUGCUCUGCAGUCAGCUGCAUUAUCGCAGCAAGCAGAGCGUCCAGCUGCUGCACACCUCGGCUUUCAUGUGUCGCUGCAGCAAGGAGCUGUGGCUGCUGCUGCAGCAGCAAGCGGACUUUUGGCCGCGCUUCCAUUGCUCGAUGCAACGCCACAAGGCAACGCAGCUGCCAAUGGAUGCCACUUUGAGUUACCAUGAGUUCUAUGCCUGGCUGCGUUUGAGCGUCGCCCGCUUGGCCACCCAAGAUGGACAACAGCUCACGGCAGAGGCGUUACAAACCGGUUGUCUGCUGCAGCAGUUUCUGGCUGCCUCACCAAGCGAGCAGCAGCGUCGCGUUUACUUGUGUUUGCUGGCCCCGCUGCAUCUCGAUGCGGAUGUGCUCUGCCAGCUGUGGGAAUCGUUGCAUCGCUCGCUCAACUGUCAGUUCAAUCAAUCGACACAGCCGCAGCUGGAUCAACUGCCAUUGACGUUGCCAAGCGGCGCUGCCUAUUUGCAACGCUAUCGCCAGCUGCUUCAGAGCGGAGGGGAGCUCGAGGAUUUGAAUCUGAACAGCUUCACGCUGUUUGCUUUGCUGCUGGGCAAGACGCUGGCCAGGACACAAUCGCAGAAGCUGCUCGGACGCAUCUUUAGCAAAUUCAGCGCUGCCAAAUUGUUGGCCCUCAACGAAUGCGGCAUUCAUCAUGUGAUCGAACUCUUCCUCUGUCUGCUGCUGUCGCAUCAAGGCGACUUCGCUGAGCUCGCCUCCAAGCUGCGCGAGAUGCUUCUCUGCCUGGCGCUGGACAAGCUGAGCGUUCCGCGUCGCCAGCUGACGGCCAAGGGACACAUGGCGCUGCUGUUGCUGCAUGCGGAGCGUCGUCAGCCGCUCGAGGAUUACAUUGGCAAGUUGCUCCUGCAGCUCUCGACGAUACGCAACGAUCUCGAUGUGUGCGCCAUUUAUGCCAGCUGCUUGCCAACGAUCUUCGAGCUCUCCAGCCCAGACUUUGGACACGGCGAGCAACUGCUGCUGGGACCUUGGCUAACGCAUUAUCUGGAGCACAGCGGGCAGGCGGCGCAGGAGCGCGUCUGGCAGGCGAUGCACUCACUCUGCCAGCGAUUGCGUGCCACCUCGACUGGCGGUGGCGGUGGUGGCAUGUGGCAGGCGUUGCAGCAACAUGUGCUGCCACAGCUGAGGCUGCAGUACGUCAGCGGCUUUAGCAGCUGGCUGCCCAGGUUGGCGGCCCAAUUCGUGCUCCUCGACAGCAGCCGAAAGCUGCUCACAUCGCUGCUGCAGGAUGCGGAACCCGUUAACCUGGCGGCCAGCGCCCAGUUGCUGCUCCAAGUCAUCGAACUGGGCUUGCAACCGACGGCCGAGCAGCUCAUCCAAGUGUGGCUCAAGUCGCUGGUGCUGCUUCAGCCGCAACACGCCGACGUCCGUCAACUGACGCCGCAUAUCCUUGAGCUGGCCGAGAUGCGGACACUCGAGUUGACAGCCUCGGCUCUGGAGUCACGUGAGCCGCUGUGCGCGUUCUUUGGGGCGUUGGGACGUCGCGCCCAGCAGCCGGAUGCAGUGGCGCAUGUGCGCAUGCAACUCAGCCACAAGUUGCACGCCUAUGUGGCGCACUUCGAGCGUUGGCACGUCGAGUCGUGUGCCUCGCGCUUCUACAACUUCAUUGCGAUUGUCAUCUACAAUUGUGCCACGCUCGCUUACGUUCGCUCCAAGCCGAGUUGCUUCCUCCACGUCGCGCUGACCCGCUUCCUGCUGCCCACACAGCUGCAGGCGGGCGUGGCACCCGAGGCACGUUUGUUGCCACUGUUCAACAAGAUCUUUCCGGUGCUGUUGCAGGGACUCGGUCGGCUGCCAUAUCGCCAGGAUGCGUAUCUAACGCGCACCUUGGAGCAGCUCGUGCUCCACUGGACGCCGCAUUUCGCCUACACAACGAAUGCCAAACUUGUGGCACGUCCGUAUGCCACGCUGUUGCAAGCAGAUGCUGCUGCUGGCGAGUUGUCGCAAUUUGUGCUGCAGCAGUUGGCUCAACAGUUCCUCAGCGUGCAACGCAGCCAGCCGGGGCAACAUGUGCGUCUUGUGUUGAGUCUGCUGCAGCAGCUGAUCGUGGGACUCCAGGAGGCGACUCUCGAUGCUGAGCGACAGCUGUUGACCCUGUUGAAGGCGGUCCAUGUGCCGCUGCUGGAGCACAUCAUGUUUGUGGGCGAACACGAGUCGAGUCGCCUCCAAGUGUUGCAACUCUAUCGCUUGCUGGUGGCUCAAACGCUCUUCCAACGCUCGCCGGAGGCUCAAGCGCAUUGCUGCAACGAUCUUCGAUCGCUGGCCGAGAAGCAUUUGGCCCAUUGCACCUACUUCUAUUUCCAAAUGCUGAUCAAGCUCGCCGAGCUCGCGCCUCAGCUCUUCGCCUCCCUCUUCGACUUUGUGCGCGAGCAGGCGCUCAGCGUGGAGUUGAAACGCGGCGCUGGCGAGGAUUGCGGCAUACGCAAGUGCUUGCAACGACUCCAGCAGGUGUUGCAAGGCAGCUAACACAGUCUAUGUGGAUGUAUCUAUCAGAUUAUAAUUAUAAGAUACUAUCUAACAUUAACCACUACAAGUUUGCUUCAUGUUAAAUGGAAAUUGUUGAAGAU